UGAAAAUUCUCUGCUGGUUUCUUGUGUUGGAGGAAGUGUGUCAUGUGCAUAGAGCCUCUGACUUCUUGUGCAGAUCCCUGAUGCUGCAGUAGGCUCUGCAUGGAAACUACAGGAAUUGUGUUAUAGAGGACACCUCUGCACAGUCAGGAGUGCUUUGCAAAUGGAUCCUGGGGCAUGGUUUGGUGCUGUGGCUGAGGGCUAAGGUGAAGCAAGAGAAGAAGAAAUCCUCCCCUGGGCUGUGAAGCUGCUCUGGACCCAUUCCACAAGUGCUUCAGCAGCACUGGGACUCAGUAACUGGUGUCAAAGCUGCUGGGUCAAUUUUGUAUCCUCCAUUUCAGAGGAGAUGACUUGAGCCCUCCAGUGAGGUCCAGGAUUCAUUGCCAGCUAACGUGUAAUAACUGCUGAGUCUGCAUAACCAAGAUGCUUAACGAGGAAAUUUUUAAAAAGACUGUGGAAGGCUGAAUUGUCUCAAAGAGGAGUUUGCACCAGCCAGCAAUGCAAAAAGCAAAAAGAAGCAGAAUCUACAGUUGAACAGAGAGCAGACUCAAUGGGCUAUGAGAAUAUAGAUGCGUUUGAAGGCAUCUACACAUCCCACUCUAAGACAGAAUCAUGAAUAAACUGGCAGAUAAGCAAGACCAGAGGAUACCAUGAAGAGAAGUUUACAGGUCCUCUAUUGCCAACUGUUUCGUGUUCUACUGAUCUUGGCACUGACAGAAGAGCUGGUGUUUGCUGUUCAGAUACUGCCUCCGAGUGUAUCAUCGUCUCGGGGCCUCCUGACAGACACUACCACUAUCACAGCCAUGGGGAUAACACCUCGACACAAAGGCCAUCGCACGACAGGACCCGUUCCCACAACUAGUCAUUCAACUCGCCCAGUGGAGAUACCUGCCCCUACCAUUGACCAGAAGCAAGCAACCAGCAGCCAUCACGCUAGCAAAAUGGAAACAUAUCAUUUAUACAACCAGAGUGCUUUGUAUUCAGGACAGACUCGCCCAAAGGGGAAAAUAUUUCAGAUUUUCAAAGGCAGCUUCACAGAAUCUACAGAGCCUUACCUAAAGACAGCACUGCACUCUCCCUUUCCUACUUUGAGGCGCCCAUUCACUAACCAUCCAUUUCAGCCCCAGAUUGCAGCCUCCAAUGAUCCCAAUAGUACCAGGCCAGCAACGACGACAGACUCAAGCUCUUCUCUUCACAGCAACACCUUGGAAGGCCUUAAAAAAGCAGAGCGGGUAAAUGGAACAUGGCUAGUUAUGCAGAGAGCAGGUCUUACCCCCCCAACAGCUGGCCCAUCGACUGAUCCCAAAACAGUGUCGGUGCCUUUUAAAUCCACACACUAUGAUAUAUGGGAUAUCCUGAGCAAAAAUAACUCUUGGGUAACCUUGAGUCCAGGUACAAAUGUACCUUUGUUUGCCAGCCCUGGAACUGCAACAGCAGCAGGUCAUUCAGUUCAGACCAGCUUUGAUGUCAACAUUUCAUCACCUACAAUGGGAAACCCUAAAGGAACCUCCAUGACGCAGCACACCAUGGUGAAUAAUGCUACUUUAUCCAACCAGGCUCUCUCCACAGCACCCACCACAAGGUUGGCUGGCUCCAUUUCAACAGCUGGCUCCACAGCAACGGGAAACUUUCUAAACAGACUGGUGCCUGCUGGAACCUGGAAGCCUGGCAUGCCCGGGAAUAUUUCCCAUGUCACUGAGGGGGAUAAACCCCAGCACAGAGCAACCAUUUGUCUCACCAAGGUGGACAUUGCCUGGAUCAUUCUGGCUAUCAGUGUACCUAUAUCUUCAUGUUCAGUUCUGCUGACAGUCUGCUGCAUGAGGAGGAAGAAAAAGACAUCUAACCCAGAAAACAACCUGAGCUAUUGGAACAAUGCUAUCACCAUGGACUACUUCAACAGGCAUGCUGUAGAGUUACCAAGAGAGAUCCAGUCCCUUGAAACUUCAGAGGACCAUCUGUCUGAGCCACGCUCCCCAGCCAAUGGUGAUUACAGAGACAGUGGGAUGGUCCUUGUUAACCCAUUCUGUCAAGAAACACUAUUUGUAGGACAUGAGCAAGUGUCUGAAAUAUGACCCCACACCUGUCCUUGUAUUGCAGUUCCAUCGUUAGUGUCUCCAAAUUAUAAAUAAAUAUAUAUAUUAUAAAUAUAAUCUUUGUGUAACCCUGAAUUAUGAGAAAUGUUUUCAGCUUUUUUCCCCCCUAAGAAUUGUCAACCUCUUUUUUAUAAGUGUGGUAAAACUUUACAGAGCAAACUGUGGCUUUAUAAAAUAAAGGUAUUUCUAAGC